GUGGGGACUGUUGUGUUGUGAAAAUGGCGGCUCCUCGUCGCUCCUCUCAGCAGCUGCAGCCCAACUCCCUGCUGUCCUCCCCGCCCCGCAGCGCCUCUCGGCCCGUCACCCCUCCUGGUUCUCCGCCGACACCCACCGAAGAUGCCAGCCCGGUUUCCCUCGGACCGACCUCGGAGGACCCGCCUGACGGUGAGGUAACCCCGGCCUCUCCCACCGCCUCCUCCCCAGCCCCGGCCCUCAGCAGCAGCAGCAGCAGCAGCUCCAGCAGCACCGCUAGCUCCCCGACCAGCACCGAGGACAGCGGGACCAGCGCCGACUCCACGCCCGAGUCAGGGAGCGGCAACGCGGUCAGCGGAGGCGGCGGCGGCGGUGCAAACGGGGCUUUCAGGGAGCUGUUCGAAGCCUGUCGGAACGGAGAUGUGUCCAGGGUGAAGAAGCUGGUGGAUGCGGUGAACGUGAAUGCUAAAGACAUGGCAGGACGCAAGUCAACCCCCCUGCACUUCGCUGCAGGUUUCGGGAGGAAAGAUGUGGUGGACCAUCUGCUUCAAACAGGUGCUAAUGUUCACGCUCGGGACGACGGGGGCCUGAUCCCACUUCACAACGCCUGCUCCUUCGGUCACUCAGAGGUGGUGUCCUUGUUGCUGUGUCAGGGCGCUGACCCCAACGCUCGAGACAACUGGAACUACACACCGCUUCAUGAGGCGGCCAUCAAGGGCAAAAUAGACGUUUGUAUAGUGUUACUGCAGCAUGGAGCUGACCCCAACAUCCGCAACACCGACGGAAAGUCUGCCCUGGACCUGGCUGAACCGUCAGCCAAGGCCGUGCUCACAGGUGAAUACAAGAAGGAUGAGCUGCUGGAGGCGGCGAGGAGUGGGAAUGAGGAGAAGCUGAUGGCCUUGCUUACUCCACUAAACGUCAACUGUCAUGCGAGUGACGGCCGCAAGUCCACGCCGCUCCACCUGGCAGCCGGAUACAACAGAGUGCGGAUUGUUCAACUGUUGCUACAGCACGGAGCUGAUGUUCACGCCAAGGACAAGGGUGGUCUGGUGCCUCUACAUAAUGCCUGCUCCUAUGGACACUAUGAAGUCACUGAGUUGCUGCUAAAGCAUGGAGCCUGUGUCAAUGCCAUGGAUCUUUGGCAGUUCACUCCCCUCCAUGAAGCAGCGUCUAAAAACCGAGUGGAGGUUUGCUCUCUGCUGCUGAGCCACGGCGCUGACCCCACCCUCCUCAACUGCCACAGCAAGAGCUCUGUGGACAUGGCGCCCACUCCUGAGCUGAAGGAGAGGCUUACAUAUGAGUUUAAGGGCCACUCGCUGCUUCAAGCUGCCCGAGAAGCCGACAUGGCCAAGGCGAAAAAGACGCUGGCGUUGGAGAUCAUCAACUUCAAACACCCUCACACACAUGAGACUGCACUGCAUUGUGCAGUGGCUUCACCUCACCCGAAGAGGAAACAGGUGACGGAGCUGCUGCUGAGGAAAGGAGCCAACGUCAAUGAGAAGAAUAAAGAUUUCAUGACUCCUCUCCAUGUAGCAGCGGAACGGGCUCAUAAUGACAUUAUGGAGGUGCUGCAGAAGCAUGGCGCUAAGGUCAAUGCCCUGGACACGCUGGGUCAAACGGCCUUGCACCGUGCUGCGCUGGCGGGCCACCUUCAGACCUGCAGGCUGUUGCUAGGAUACGGGGCUGACGCCUCGCUGGUGUCACUACAGGGCUUCACUGCAGCUCAGAUGGGAAAUGAAGCUGUUCAGCAAAUACUCAAUGAAAACGUCCCGGUGAGAAACUCCGACGUGGACUACAGGCUGCUGGAAGCUGCUAAAGCUGGAGACCUGGACACUGUCAAGUCACUGUGUACAGCUCAGAAUGUGAAUUGUAGAGAUUUGGAAGGACGACACUCCACCCCACUUCACUUCGCUGCCGGAUACAACCGAGUGUCAGUGGUGGAGUAUCUGCUGCACCACGGCGCUGACGUCCAUGCCAAGGACAAAGGUGGUCUGGUUCCCCUCCAUAACGCCUGUUCAUACGGUCACUACGAGGUGGCAGAGCUGCUGGUCAGACAUGGAGCCUCAGUAAACGUGGCCGACCUGUGGAAGUUCACACCGCUCCAUGAGGCCGCGGCCAAGGGCAAAUAUGAGAUCUGCAAACUGCUGCUGAAGCACGGAGCAGACCCUACCAAGAAGAACCGGGACGGGAACACACCCCUGGACCUGGUCAAAGACGGGGACACUGACAUCCAGGACCUGCUGAGAGGAGACGCCGCGCUGCUGGACGCGGCUAAGAAAGGCUGCCUGGCCAGGGUGCAGAAGUUAUGCAGCCCCGACAACAUUAACUGUCGCGACACUCAAGGACGCAACUCCACCCCGCUGCACCUCGCAGCCGGCUACAACAACUUGGAGGUGGCGGAGUAUCUGCUGGAGCACGGCGCCGAUGUGAACGCACAGGACAAAGGAGGGCUCAUACCUCUGCACAAUGCAGCCUCAUAUGGGCAUGUGGACAUUGCCGCCCUGCUGAUCAAGUACAACACGUGCGUCAACGCCACAGACAAGUGGGCGUUCACUCCCCUCCACGAGGCGGCUCAGAAGGGGCGGACCCAGCUCUGUGCUCUGCUAUUGGCUCAUGGGGCCGAUCCCACCAUGAAGAACCAGGAGGGACAGACGCCGCUAGACUUGGCAACGGCUGAUGAUAUCAGAGCGUUGUUGAUUGACGCCAUGCCACCAGAUGCUCUGCCCAGCUGCUUAAAACCUCAAGCCACUGUGGUGAGUGCAAAUGUGGUGAGCACCGGCGCAACGGGGGGCGUGGUCAUCUCUCCGUCUCCGUCCCCGUCCUGCUUGUCUGCGGCCAGUAGCAUAGACAAUCUGACCACGCCCCUCAACGACAUCACAGUAGCCGGCGCCACAGGACCAGCAGAUGGAGCGUCUGGAUCAGACAGGAAGGAAGGAGAAACUCUGCUCGACAUGACCAUCAACCAGUUUUUGAAGAGUCUGGGGCUGGAACACCUACGAGACAUCUUCCAAAGGGAACAGAUUUCACUGGACGUGUUGGCAGACAUGGGUCAUGAGGAGCUCAAGGAGAUCGGCAUCAACGCUUACGGGCACAGACACAAACUCAUCAAGGGCAUCGAGAGGCUGCUGGGAGGCCAGCAAGGUGCAAACCCAUACCUGACAUUCCACUGCUCCAGCCAGGGUACCAUGCUGAUUGACUUGGCACCAGACGACAAGGAGUUUCAGUCUGUGGAGGAAGAACUACAAAGCACCAUCAGAGAGCACCGUGAUGGAGGCAACGCAGGCGGAGUCUUCAGCCGGUACAACAUCAUUAAGAUUCAGAAGGUGGUGAAUAAGAAGCUGCGGGAGCGCUAUGCACAUAGACAAAAAGAAAUCGCAGAUGAGAAUCACAACCACCACAAUGAGCGCAUGCUCUUUCACGGUUCUCCAUUCAUUAACGCCAUCAUCCAUAAGGGCUUCGAUGAGCGUCACGCCUACAUUGGUGGCAUGUUUGGUGCUGGCAUCUACUUUGCUGAGAACUCCUCCAAAAGCAACCAGUAUGUCUAUGGGAUUGGUGGAGGCACAGGAUGUCCCACCCACAAAGACCGCUCCUGCUAUGUGUGCCACAGACAGAUGCUGUUCUGCAGAGUGACACUGGGGAAGUCAUUCCUUCAGUUCAGUGCAAUGAAAAUGGCCCACGCCCCUCCAGGUCACCACUCUGUCAUAGGACGGCCGAGUGUCAACGGCCUGGCAUAUGCAGAGUAUGUCAUCUACAGAGGGGAGCAGGCGUAUCCAGAAUACUUGAUCACCUAUCAGAUUGUGAAGCCGGAGAGUCUGGCCACACCUGCUGCCUCUGCGGAACAGAAGUCCUAAAACACAAUCACAGCUGAAUCAAAAAGGACCUUGGGCUGCAGCCUCACUCUCCAAGGACUAGAAGUGACCUAGAAGGUUUUCGAAACCUUACACCCACAAGAAAAGUCUCCAGAACUGACCUUUACGUGGGUGAGGUGACACAUAAUCCAGGCAGGAGUCGGGUGAACUGUGGAUCAGGAAGAAGACGAUGGCCAGGCAGUGUCUAUAAGUUCGGGGAUACAAUACAAGCACGGUCCAAACUGGGUGAUGAUUAAAAAAAAUCCAUCAUUCUUUAAUCAGUUGGGUUUAAUUAAGAAGAAGGAAAUGAUAAUGAUUUAAUUAGCAUUUCUCAAAGCAUAUCACUAAGCUGAAAAUGCGGCUCUUUGGCUUGUUCUACACAAAAAAACAAAAAAAAAACAACUAUCAAAUCCAAACGCCUCUGCCUUUGCACUGCUCAUGUAUUCUACCCCUUUCCCAUUUUUAAUGUGUUGUUUUUGAUAUUUUGUCCUCUUCUGGUAAUGUGCAUCAUCAACAAAACAACUCCCCGAGGCUUCUUCCAGUCACAGCUUUAUCACACAGAAACAACAAGGAUCCAGGGCAUUAAUGUUACACCUCAUCACAUUUUCACCAUUAAGACUCACGCGAACAUGAAACAGCUCUCUGUGAUCUCACACCCUUCCGCCGUGUACGAAGAGGACGCGAUAGCCUGAGUGAGGAAACACAACAGGACACUACAAGACCAUAAUCCACUGCUGUGACCAGUGACAUCUGCACGCUUUCCACUACAAACCACACUGGGACGCAUUCAGGAAGACUCAUAAAAAAACACACCUACAGAUGUGCCAAAGGGUGUGUGGGUUUUCUUGGACUGAAAAUCCCUGAUGAAUUGUGACAGGGAUGCAGGACUCACAAUAACUGCAUGUAAUUGGCCAAGGCAUCUGUCAGUCAAGUCAACAGAACCUCAGAUACACUGUCCCACCAUUUUUGAGUUCAAUCAGAGUAAGACAUGUUUAAAAAAAAAAAAAAAAAAAAGAAGGGGGAAAUUGAAUGUGUUACGGAGAAUGUAGAGGUUUCCGUUCUGCCUGAGGGUUAAACAUUUCAACUUAUCAGAACUCAUACUGGGCAAUAUGGUUGAAAAUACCAUCAUAAUGUGACUAUAAUAAAAGAUUGAACACUGAAUAGAAGCAGAACUUUCAUACGUCUGGUUCCACUCAGACAUGGUGGGUCACAGAUUGUUACAGAGCUAUUACAAUUGGACUUUUUUAGUUGAUUAACCAUCAUAAAUAUUUGGAGUUGCAGUUCAGAGAAACUGGCUUGCAGCGUAGUCUCAAGUCAUUUCAUCACAAUAUCACCACACUAAGGAUAGAAAUGUUUACACCUCAAUCGCCUGGUCAGUUGCCUUUUAUAGCAUAAGAACCCCAAAAGACAAUGAGCUAAACAGUGCACAUCCUUGCUGCUUACAUACACUUACUAGGACUUACUGUUCCCAAGAUGAGAAAUUAUUUGGAGUCAGUAGCGUUAACUUCUCAGUUUCUAGGGGCAUUUCUCUCUCUGUGAUUAUUCUUAAUAGAGCCAAGCCUGUAUCAGGAAGCAGGAUUAAAAGGUCAGCGGGUUAAAUUAAGGUAGAACCCCGGGUUUUCACCGUCAUGAAAAAAACAAUUAACUUUUGACAGGAAUCAUCGAGGUGACUUACAAUGCUCUCAUAACCUGUUGGACAUAAACGCGAGCCUUAAUGACCAGUCAGUUCUCUUGGAUUCGCAGAUUACAUAAUGAGGGAGGGAUUACAUAAUCCUAAAACUGCAGACAGACUGAUUAAAACACUAAAUUCUUGAACUUGUUGACCUUAUAAGUAGAGCUGGGAAAUGCACCCAAAAACUUCAAUUUGUUUUUGUUUUUUUUUCCAAUGUUAUGGGUGAUUUAUGAUUUUAAUAAAUAGUUUUUACUGGCUUUAAACUGAGGAUAAAACAUGAUUUACUAAAACUACAUGCCCUAUAGGACUGGAGAAACACAUUUACUUACUAUACUGUAAAAAGUAAACUGGCUGAUAUUUUUAUAAAAGGGAAAGGCCUCCAAUGUAGUAAUCACAAUUUUGUGAAUCAGGCAUUUUCACAGUUUUCAGUAAGCAAAACCUUGAUUAAUUAAAUGAAUCUGAUAUCUUACCAGCCCUCAACUUGAAAUUUACCUCUUCAGCUUUUGAAUUUUUUUCCCAUUUUAAAGUUUUCAGGGCUUACAUGAAAGAAUAAUGCUCAAAUCAUAUUAUAAGACUUGAUCUAAUUCACACAACACAUAACUUUAAUUGUAAUCAGAUCCUCUUGUGCCUUAAUGAUGUGAUAUUGAUGAGAAUAUUUGGCUACAACAAAACUCCUCACAUUUGUUUAGGAUUAUAGUCUCUUCUUGUGAUAUAUGUGUGUCUAUGUUUGUGAUUUGCCCCUUUUAUAAGACUGAGUUCUUAACUACAGGUGGACAACCUUGGCUAUCCUGAUUUUGUUGGACUUGCUUCGUGAUACAGGCCCCGGGGAUUUUUCUGUUUUUAUUUAAGGCCAGUGUUACAUCCAUUCCUCUUUUCUGCUGCAUUACCAUCUACAUUUUAAUCUGAAUCUUCUGUGUUUUGUAUCUUCUUGUCACUUGGAUGAAACCACUUGUUUUUCCUCUGUUGUUUACAUGCAGCUGCUGCCUUCUCACAUGUUUUCUCUUUGCCUGUGUCUGUUGACGCCUCCUAGUGGUGCAACAUAGGAAUUACUGUCUCACAGUAUUAAGUUGAUGAGAAUUUUGUAGAAAUGCAAAUUCCACAGAGUUAGAAGUAUUUAUUUUUUAUUUUUGAGAUACACUCAUGUGUUUACACUCCUUAAACAUUAAGAAAAUGUGAAAAGUCGGCCUAGUUGCUGCAAACUUAAGCCAUUCAGCAAGAUAUGUCUAUAACCAAAUAUCUGCAGGUAGAAUGAGGUUAUAAGAAGGAUGGCAAAUUUAGUUACUGUACAUAUCCUUUGGGUUAAAACAUUCAUUUCAUCACUCUACCAUGUACAAGCAACCUCAUAACAGGAUAAUAAAUCUAUUCGUGCUAUGUAUUCUACACUGAAGUUUUUUGUUGUUUUAAUUUUACUGUCCAUGUUUUUUUUUUUUCACUUUAUUAUUUAUAACAGAUGAACAAAAUGAAUGCAUUGUAUACGACAAGGGACCACAAGUUCAGUUUGUGUCGUGUUACAUUUAGCAGGUCUUUGAUAAUCUAUAGAGGUUUGUGACAAUUAAUAAAUGGCCUUGAACUGAGGUGGGAAGUCCAUGUGAUAGAUUUUAUCCAGCUCAUACAGAAUGAGCGUUAGCUUUCUGGACAGCAGACUAAUGUCAGACUCCAUUUAAAACUGCUCUAAUUUUGUCAUCAUACGUCAGACCGAUUUCUGCUUUUUCCAAGUAAAACCAACAACUGUGUUGGUUUAAUUUUGUCUUUCGAGCUGCCUGCUAUGACUAAUAAGAACCUUAAACCUUUUUAUGUGACAAUUUUCAAGCUGUGACUUGAGAUUUCAACAUUUUCUCCUCAGUUUUGUUCAACGUUUGGAAGGAGACACAGCCAACACAUCUGAAAGCAAUAGUUUAUCAAUUGACAAUCGGAUUCAUUCUCCGCAAAAUAAGCAAAUGCAUUAAAAAGAAAAAUGUAAUUAAUAAAGGAGAAUACGUUGCUUGGGUGAUUCAGUUAGAAACAAGAAGAAUAAAUGUUUGCGGUGGAUUAAAGUUUUAGAAAGUAGAAAAUCCUGGAUUAGAGCACAGGACCAUGGAGAAAAUAAGUAUUUCAGUAUGACCACAUUGACAACAAUGAUUUGAUUUCCUGGAGGACCAAAUGGGAACCAGUACCUAAAGGUCCAGUUAGACUUCUACCCAGAUCAGCAGUAUGUGUCAGUUCUGGGACAGAAGUCUCAGAUGAAGUGGCUGAUUUAGCACAGACAGAGCAGGUGGAGUUUAUGAUGUUGACCCCAUUAAGGUCAGCAGUAUUGUAUGAUUUAUUAAAACGAGAGCCAUGGGCUUUGUUUCAAAUGAGACUGUAAAUAAACUAACACCAGAUGGGCCUUUACGGGGUCUUUUAUGGAUUAUUUUGAGUUUAUUUUCCUCUUUUAUUUCCUUUGAAAGACUUUUCAAAGACUUUUUUUUAAUGUGGUAACUGUUUCAGUUGUGUCGUGGCUGGUCUGUUUUCUAUUCUGACUGAAGAGCCAGUCGGCCAUCUUGUAAAUAUUUGGAGAGGAACGUUUGUGAGAGGUAAUCACUCUGUAUUUCAUCUGGUCUGGUCUCACAAAACCAGUGUGAUUAAGACAUUUCCUCCUGCAUUAUGACCUCCUGUGUACAGAUGAUUGUACAGAGCUGCUGACCAGCUAACAUGUGGAAAAGAAAAGCUUCUUCACUCUUGUACAGAAGAAAAUCCUUAAUAAAUGAGUUUAACCUG